AAUAUUUAUAUAUUCCGUGAUAGUGUAGUGGUAAUGUGGUAUCUUAAAUCGUAUUUCGAGGAGAUCAGUCGAGAAUCAAGAUCUAUGUACUCUGGUCUCGGUAGUCAGUAAUUGAGUGAUCGAUUUUAUUCUAUUUUAUAAUAAAUACUUAAAUUAAUUGUUCAUUUGUUAUUUUGAGGAAUAUAUAUAAUACGAUGGAGAUGUGAGAAAAUAGUCUACGAUGGAUGGCGACACAAUUGAUAAAUUUUCCAGUCAGUCUGUAUAUGAUCCUGAUGGUAGUGAAAAGACACCACUUUAUGCUAAAAAUAACAAUGAAAAAGCUCUACUUAAAUUUAUUGUAGGAUUUUGUAUGGUAUUUUGCAUUGGAUUAUUAUUUAUUUUAUUAAUUCACAUUCAUGUUGGGUCAAAUCAGUUAGUACCUCAUGGAAAUGUAGCAAGUGAUAAUGAUCAAUGCUCUCAAUAUGGAAUUAAUGUGCUUAAAAUGGGUGGUAAUGCAGUUGAUGCAGCAAUUACUACUACCUUAUGCAACUCUGUAGUACUUCCUCAUCUUUCAGGAUUAGGAGGAAGUGGUGUUAUGGUGGUAUACGAUCAUCGAACUGGUAUAGGAAAUACAAUUGAUUUUAGAGCUACACAUAGUUCAGAUAAUAUUAUUGGAGUACCAGGUUUUUUAGCAGGAUUGUUUUAUGCUAAUGUAAAAUAUGGAGUUCUUCCUUGGAAGACACUAGUUGAACCUUCCAUAAACCUAGCAAAGAUAGGCAUAACUGUCACAACUAGUUUACUUGAAGCAAUUAAUCAGAAUACCACUAAGUUAGUUGAAGAUGAUAACCUUAAACGUUGGUUAUCCACAAUAUCAAAUAGUUUACCUGGUCAAAUAGUUAAAGCACCAAAUGGUCUUAUAAAAACUCUCACCUCAAUAUCUUUGCAUGGACCCAUUGAAUUUUAUAAAGAAAUGUCUGAAGAAUUGAAGUCUACUUUAAAGCCAGAUGAUGUAAUUAGCUAUCAACCACUUAUUUUACCAGUAUUAAAACAAAAUUUUAUGAACUAUUGCAUAAUAACUUCCAAUAAAGGUACCGGAGGACCAAUUUUACUGGAAGUAUUAAGUAAAAUGAAUAAUACUAGUACAUAUCCUGAAGAUCUAUCAUUAUUGAAUAGCUUUAAAAGUUUAGGGGAUAAUUGUAAUCAAAAUUCAGGAUUACAAGUUUCAACUACAGAUGCUUUUGAUCUUUAUGUAACGAUUAUAAGUGGUCUUGGUUCUGUUUUUGGAUCCCGUAACUUAACUAACUCCGGCUAUAUAUUGAACAAUGUUUUGGAUUCAAAUUUUAAAGAUUGUAUGAUAAAUCAAACAGAACGAGUAACAUCGUUGCAUUUACCAAUUAUUGCUGUAGAAACAGGAAAUUUAUGUGGAAGAAGAUUAAUAUCAGGUGCUGCUGAUGUACGUGAUGGUACUCAAUUACUUUUAUCAAUGUUAAAAACAAACCCACAAGAUAUAAUAAGUGUUAAUAAUAUUCCUCGUUUUCGUUUAAAAAAUAAUGAUGUUGCAAUAGAAUAUCCAAAUAAUAUGACUAAACAAUUUUCAGAAUUAUUAUUAAAUUUUGGAUUUAGUUUAUCUGAAGCAACUUUGCCUUAUCCUACUUCUAAUAUAGUACAAAAAGAAGAAGACAGAUCUGUUGCUUUCUCAGAUUCUCGUGGAUCUGGGAAAUCUUAUACUUUAUAGCAUAUCUGUACAAAUUAAUUUCUAAGUAAAUGUUUAAUAUUAUGUUUUUAUAUAUGAUAUACAUUUGUUUUAAAUAGUUAAUUGUAAU